UCUUGUCGGUCAGACAGCAGUCCAAUGACUGUAAGCAGCGGCCAGUCAGAGAAAUACCACUAGAGUAGGUUGACGGAAAGGCAGAGAUUGAAUGUCUAGGAAAAUAUUUGGUAAACUCCAUUUGUGAUUUGAAUGGAUGCUGGACAAGAAGCAAGGUUUUAACAUAAUUUGCAGUGAGCGGCCGGAUCAGAUCAACGGCACGUGCGGUGGUCCCACCACUUAAACACUUCGCUCCCCCUGACGAUGGAGCAGCAGCAUGCCCACUGUGUGACCUGUGUGAGCCAGAGGUGCAUGACCAGACCUGAGCGAGGUGUUUCCUGUGACCUCGUAACCUGCUCCCUGGUCUGCGGGGCUUCCUUCCACGCAUGCAAAGGGAGCGAGCACCGCCUCCUCUGCCCCCUGGAGAGGGUGCCCUGCCUCAACAGUGGCUUCGGAUGCCCGGCCACCUUGAUACGCCACCGGAUGCCGGCGCACUUGCAAGUGUGUCCUGCCGGUGUGGUAUGCUGCACCAUGGAGUGGAACAGGUGGCCUGUGAGCUGCCUGGAUUACACCUCGUAUGAGAGCCUGAGUCGAGGCGUGGAGGAAGUGGAGCAGCUGGACAUGGCGCUUGCUCUGCAGGACCAGCGCACGCUGCUUGAGUCCCUCAAGGUGGUUGCCAUGGCGCCCACCAUUGAGAGAAGUCCGCCGGUAGCAGAGAGCAAGAGGAACAGUUUAUCAGACUCAGUCAAACCCGCGGCUACUUCAGUGGCUUGUCCCCCCAUGGCAUCAACUACUGAACCUUGCUCCUCCCUGGCCUUGCCACCAGUGUUGCCGCCAACCUCGGCAAAAGAUAAAAUUGCUAACGGGAUAAACGGUUUGAACGAGGAGCAGUACAGCAAACUGUACGAGGCCACAGUGGAGACAGCAAGAAGUCUGGCAGCAGCGUUGGAUGUCCUUAGCAGCGCUAGCACCUCGGACAACAACCAAUUGGAAUGUGUCAACGAAGCAUCAGUGGUCCCGCACAGUGAGGGCAGCGACGGGGCUGUGGAACUUUCCAACGGCCUGGAGUCUAAAGCCCCUGUAACUGAGGGAGUGGGUGUGAAGGAGUGCUACGGCCAGCUCCACCAGGCCACAGUGCAGCUGAGGAGAAGUCUGGUCUCAGCGCUGGGCGUGCUGGGCAACACGGUGAAAGACACAGACCCAAUCAACAGAGCCCUGUCUGACUUGAGGGUGGAGCCGAGCUGCAGCUCCCACCAAUCAAAGCCAGUGGACCCCACGGACGUGGACGUGAAAGAUGGCAUGGCAGGACUAAUCCCAGCAGUCAGUGGAGCCGUCAGCCACGCUGCUGUGGUGGAGGCCACCGAUCGACUGCCAGAGCUUUCAGGUCAGGCCAUGGAGCUUUCUACCGAGGUCAGGGACAAGCAGAGUCUAUGCAAUGGUUGUUUGGAUGGGAAACGGACGGAGAACGGGGCAGAGUGCCACGCCUCAGACGCAGCAGAUAAUCCACAGGAAGGACCUAGCGGGUCCUCUUUGGAGCCAAUCUGUUCAGCUGCGGUGCAAGACCGAGUCCACUCUGUUCUCGCUCCUCCGCUGCCCUCUGCUCCUCGUCAGGAGCCAACGCCUCACUCAGUCUUGCCUCUAGCACCUCCCCUGCAGGUGCAGCAGGAGAUUGCACAGCGGGCGGGGCAUGUGGUCUUGGAGGACAGGGGGACUGAACGCAAGUUCCAGAAUCACCAGUUGCUCCGAGGCCUAGGCCAGUAUACCCUGUGUAAUGGGCGGAGAACUCUGUUCUCUGACCGGUCGCUGUAUAGGUAUAGACCCAAAAUGGAGGACAAGGCAGUGGACACGUCCGACCUGGAGCAGGAAGAGGACCCGAUGGGCCUUGGGGAGAUUGACCUGAUCACCGCGGCCCUCCUGUUCUGUCUGGAAGAGUCCCGAGAGUGCCGCAGGAUCUCCGACACGGUCUACGUAGACGGCUUCCACGUUGACUUCGGCACGCAAACCUUCACCUUCCCCGCUGCCAUCCUGGUGACCAGCACGAGGGUAGGGGAUGUAGCCUCGGCGUCCGCCUGUGACCACGCCGCCCCCCAGCUCUCUUACCCCAGCCCCUUCCGUACACUGCGCCUUGACCUAGUCCUGGAGGAGGUCCCUCAGAUCCGGAACAUUCCCUCCAACCGCUUCCAGCACAUGUUCUCCUUUGUGUGCGGCCAGCUGUUCCGCAGGGACGAGUACUCGUCCCACUUCAAGAACGUCCACGAGGACAUCCACGCAGGCCUCAACGGGUGGAUGGAGCACCGGUGCCCGCUAGCGUACUACGGCUGCACCUACUCCCAGCGAAGGCUGUGCCCUUCCACGCAAGGGUCUAAGGUCAUCCACGACCGGAACCUCAGGUCGUUCGGCGUGCAGCCUGGCCCAGACGACGAACAUGUGAACGUAUCUCAGGUGGACCAGUUCAGCGGGCUCCCCUUCGAGAUCCUGCGCCAUGUGGCCGGUUUCCUGGACGGCUUCAGCCUGUGCCAGCUAUCCAUGGUGUCGCGGACCAUGAGGGACGUGUGUUCCAGCCUGCUUCAGUCCAGAGGCAUCGUGGAGCUCCGCUGGGAGAGGAAGCACUACCCAAACGCCAAUGGCUCCUUCUCAUGGCAGAUAAAGGACAGGGUGUGGCGAUUCAGCACGGCCUUCAGCCCGGUCAGCGAAUGGCGCUUCGCCAAGGUCCCUAGCAUGUCCGACCACCUUGGAAAGUGUCGCUACAACACAGUAGAACGCAAGAGCGAGGCCUUCCCGCUGCCUUCCAUGUGCACCGCACGUCCCUGUCCUGUGCACGGCCGUGGCCUCCUCGAAAUUCUCAAACUGCACCAGGAGCAACACCUGACCUAACCAAUACUUAACCUCUCUUAAAUGCACCACAGUCACUGUGUCAUUGAAUACCCUCGUUUUGUUGUUGUUAGCUUUAUUUUUGAUAUUGUAAAGGACCGUUCUGUGUCGUAUGGAUGUGGGCGGAGAAGAACCUUAAAGGAAGAAAUAACACUUGACAUGUUUGAUAUGGUUAUAGCUGGUAGCACAUUCACCUGCAGUUUAACCAUAGGAGGAGCAGAAUAAGUACACUAUAACAUUUAUUUGCAUGGUGUGGUGUGAAAUUGUCCCCCUAUAUUUUCGUAACGUGAUUUUAUAGGAGAAAAAAACAUGUACAUAGCAGUUUUAUAUUCCAAUUCCCUGCGAGAGACUUGUCAAAUCUGAAAUCAUCGGAUGUCUUGGCUGCGUCCUGCCUUUUCGGUCAUAGUCGUGGAAUAAGCAAGUUGUUUACCAUAUUACAUCAUUUUUGCAUAACAGAAGUUAUGAUCGCACUUUAAUCAGAUUUCCUAAUCCCAGGUCAAUCUUAUACCCAUGUUCAGUUAACCAAACUCUUCCUCCGUGUAAUGCCUUUAUUGGGGUCAUGAAAUGCAACGGUCAGUGGGUUCUUGGUGGAUUGGACAAGUGUAAACGAACCAGGUCCAAAAUAAAAACUAGCAUGAAAAUAUCCCAACAAUGCAUGUAGUUUUACUGUUCAAUUAAAAGUCUUUACCACAGGUGCCAGCUCUGCAAAGAUUCACUAGUGGCUAUAACUAUGAUAUACUGUAUGCCAAAAGACAGCGAUAACUGUGAGAGGUGCACAUGGUUAAAAACCCUUAGUGGGUUUGGUUUUUUGAAAAUACAAUGUUUUAAAGGUUAUUUCUGGAACAAAAGCUUUUAGCAUAGACACAUUUCUGUACAGAUUAAAUUCGAGACUGGUAUUCAAAAGCAUGAUAGCAGAUCUCUUAAGAAAACUGAACAUGGAUCUGCGGCCAUGCUGGAUCGUAGUGGCAGGAAGGCAGUUGUGCCCUCAUAUGGAUGCACUGUUGUCUAUCUCAGCAGGAUUCAUGUAGUUUUAGGCCAGUGGAAGACUGGCAUUCCUCUCAGUGAUCAACAUGGUGAGGAAAGUAAGGUCUGUUUGCAGCUGCUUAAUCAUCUUCUUGGGUGGGUCCUCAUCAAAAUGAUUAUCUGGGUAAGAACCAAGAGGAACCUGAGGGCCACAAAGCAAACACUUACUUUCUAGCCUACUGUAAAUCAUGAAACAGAAGCUAUGUACUACGGUAAGUCACGUCAAAUGUGCAUGACGAAUAGAGGUUGAUGGCGAUUGUUUGUGAUGUUCCUCGCGGUGUGACCUAAGGGUGUAAAGUAAAGGUGACAUCACUAAGAGUGGAAAUGUGGGCGCAUGUCUCUCACAAAGUCAGAGUAUUUCUUGCUGACGAGCCAUAGGGACGCCAUGUUUCUGACCGUAGUGCCAACAUCUGGAAGUGUCUCCAAAAUGGUUUCCAUGCUAGAGCUUCCCUUAGUGGUUGGGGCAGGCUUGCACAUCAGUGAGGGGCUAUUUGGUGGCCAACCACAGUAGUCAAACUAGGAGGAGAAAGUCACUGAAUGAUGUCAAAUGUCACAGGAUUGAAUCCUCAGAAUUGGUCCUACUCAUUUACAUGCAUAUCAACUGUCCCAUAUUGACAGCCGAAUGUUGAGCUGACACUGUGAAGAUGAUCAUGGUGAUAAACUUGAUCAUUUCUUCCACUUUCUGAAGUUUCACAUCGGUAACAGCUUUUAAACACACGCAAAUCAAUAGUUAGCUGUAUUUAGUCCCUCUUUUGCAUAAUAACUGAAUGGUGAUCCAGUAGCAGUUUAAACUUCACAGCUGUAGCUGUCUUGGGGGAGAAUGGGGUUUAGAACCUGAGGUGUUCUUUAUGAGGAACCCGUAAGUGUAGAUCUCUCCAACCCAGUCCUGGAGCUCAGAGUCCCUGGAAACCUCACUGUCACUGGGGUAGUAGUACUCCACAACACUUUUGACAAAGCUACGUUCAAAACAAGGACAUCGUUACACGAUUCAAUACAAUCAUAAUAAUAACAUGAUGCUUAUUUUAACAUGUGAACAAAGUUGGUUCAUGGCAGCUGGUAUGUCUCCACCUGUUGAUGACCUUCCACAGUUUAAGCCCAUCAUCCCUGUAGUAGUAGUGGGGGAUGAACU